AUGGCCUUGCCUGACCUUAGCGCAGAAAAGCCCUUGGGUCAACUUUGCAGCUACUUUGAGACUGUCCUUGACAAAACCAAUUUGGGCGACCACAUCAACAAGGUCUUUGCAGACAGGGCUCUCUUUGAGACGGUGGUCAGAUCCUUGAUUGUGGACCGCUUUGACUCGUCGGGCGACCGCCCCACUUUGUCAUUGGUUCCUCAAGAAAGCCUUCAAGAGUUUUGGUUGCCCCUUCAUCUCUUCGACAUUGGGCCUGGUGGCAAAAAUGGAUUCUAUCCGCAGAACAGCCAGUUUGGCAAGUUCUUCCGGGAGUUUCUCCGCGGCUAUGUGCCUCGGGAGGUUGUUGAAGUCAAAUUCCCAUAUGCCACCAGUGAUCGCCUCAUCGCCACUGCAAGCAUUGGCUUCAUUGAUGGACAAACUAAAAUCCUGUUGAUGGUGGCAGUUUGCGCUUUCAUCUAUGAAUUGGAGUGGACUGACGACAAAGAGCUUUCCGAUCCAGAUGUGGUGUCCAUGCUGCGCUCCUUUCGAUGGAUCAGGUGCAGCUUCACGUGCUACUCGAACCCAACGAUGUUCCAUCUCCAGUCGUUGAGGAUUGGACACAUCACCGCGGAGAAGGUCACGCCGAGUGCCAUUACAUGUAUGGCCGAUUUGCGAAUGGCCAUGGACCUUGAACGACGUCAAGCAAAAUCAGGUGCUCGAUUGGCGACCAAGGACUUGCUCAACAAGGUCUGUGCUGAAUACAACCGUUUAGUGACUUUGAAGUCCCAUCGCAUAGACCAGCAGAAGAAGACCCUUUGCUAUAACAUGUCAUUGGAUGCAGACUUGCAAGCGGUGAUGAAAGCAGCAUCGGAUGAUUUUGAUUGGAAGCGCAUCAACUUCGUGUUGGAGGUUCGAGGGGCGACAAUGGAACAAUUCAUCAACGAAGCACAAGAUCGGCAGCGCAGUGCCGUCAGCAAAUCUCUCCAAGCUGCUUUCAUGGCGUGGCAGGAGCAGCUUCAAACCGAUCAAAUCCAAUAUGAGCAAGUGCAAAUCUUGCAGGAAAAGUCCCAGGCAAAGCAACGCGCCAAGCUGUUGCGCCAGCUUGAGGAGCAGCAUACACGAGCAUGGCAAGCAGUUCAAGACUACAUGUCGUCUACACUGACGCUCUUUACAGGAAAGGCCCAUGAUGCAGUGGGAACAGUCAUGCCUGGAGUCUGCGAGUGGGUAGAACAGACCUUUCAGGAUUUGACUGAUGUCCGUGAAACUGACGACCAUGGUGUGAUUGUCUGGGCAAAUAUGCCAACAGCUGGAAUCCUUGGAGCCCAUAAAAAGGAUUGGUGCGUGACCUUCCUAGCCAACGUGCUGCAGAAGUUCAAGCGCAACUCCAUUGCUGUCUUGGUACACACCAACAGGGUGGCAGCUGGUACAAGCAUCUUGCGACAGUCGAUGAAGGCGCUACUCCCCAGCUCAGUCUCAACGACUUUGGUCUUGGAUAUCUUGGGGUUCGAUGGAUUCCCAAGUCUGGCUUGCUUAGAGGAGUAUGGGGUGUAUGCGCAGAAGUGGCUCGAUGAUGAGAACACUCGUGACAAGGCCAAUGCUUUGAUCGAGGACCACAACCAGAAGUUCAAUGCCAAUGGAGAGUUUGUGCAGGCUGACACCCCAGCCAGGACUUGUAGCCUAGAAGUGACAAAUGAAGCACAGGAGUCACCUGCCAAAAAACUCAAGAUCGAGGAGGGCGACAAAUGCACCGAGCAGACUAUCUCAAGCCUGGUGAACCCGCACAAAUUCAAUAUCAACAACACUGCGGAGCUGAUCACUUGCGGUGAAGGCUUGACUCUUUAUUUGACAUCCAAAGGCAAGAAUGACUUCAUGCCACAUCGUGAGAUGUUUUCCUUUGGUGCUGGUGAAUGGAGAUCUGGCAGUGAAGCUACGGAAGUCAUGGCAGAUGCUGCUGGACGAUGGUUCAAGUUUGCGGCUUCCUAUGACACCAUCGUUGUGCUGGAAAGGAAGGAGCUACCAGAACAUGUGAUGCAGUGUCCAUCAGUAGAACGCCCAGUGAUGAUGAAGAAACUCAUGCAGCAGCUGGAAGAUGCUGGGGAGGUAAAUGUGAAAAUCUUCCACCACACCAUCUCUUCGCCUGAUGAUGGUUCUCCGGCAACAAUCACCCCAGACAAGCCGCUUUGCUUCCUGCUCGAUGAGCUCAAGGAUCCGGAAGAAAAAAAAACAAAGGGUAAAAAAACCAAGAAGAAGAAGGAUAAGGACAACCAACCUACAGUCAAGAACUUUGGCAGCCGCUUGAACAUCAACAAGCUGAAGGGUGUCUCAAAGCUCAUCAUUGGCUGGAGAAUCAGGCUGGAUACCGCGGAAGGCAACAAAUCAGUGACGCCGAUUCGCCCUAUUUGCUGCCUCGCUGGAGGGCUGGAUCUUGAUGGCAGCAAUGUGCGCCUGAUGUAG